UAUUUAACCAGUUGGGUGUUGGUGUACGCCAAGAUAAAAUCAGGCCGGAUAUUCAGAAUCAGCAUAUGAUAACAUUUGAGAUAUGUGUUGCCAAUCGAUACAAGCUAAACAAACAGUUCAAGAAGCAGUCAUCCAAACUUGCUGAAGAUCCAGAAAAUCUGGCACUGCGGGCAAGUGUGGCACAAUCAAAGCUUGCUGCCGUAGCAGAAACAGAGGACAAUGAAACAGAACAAAAGAGACAACAGGGCAGGAAAGUCCUAUACGGCCAAAUUGUACAGUUGCGCCAUGUAUUCAGUAGUAAAUACAUCCAUGUCAGCACAACGAAGACGUCUGAAACAGAGAGCAGCAACAUGGCGGUUGAACUUCUUAGUGUUAAUGCUAAACAUGCACAGUUCCGCAUCAUGCCGCGCUACAAGGUCAAGGCUGAAGGUGACACAGUACAAGUGGAGGACCAGAUUAUGUUUGAGAGUGUUAAGUCUGCUGGAUCCUUCCUCCAUGUCAGCAAGUUUCUCUUUCCUGGUCACUCUGUCUACCACAAAAGUCAUGAGUUGAACCUAUCUGUCCAGACAACAGGGUUUGUGGUAUACCGUAAAUACAAACCUAUAGUGGAGGAGGAGGAAAGACUCAAGAUUGGAGAACCUGUUCGCUUCUUCCAUAAAGAGAUGGAGGCAUACCUUGUAGCAGAGGGAUUGUUUAAUGAGGAAAUUCAGGAGGAUGUCCAUUUGCGUGUACGUCCGAUGGACCAGACAAUUCCUAAAACCAUGUUCCCCAGUACUGCCUCCAUCACCUUUUGGCAGAUAGAGUUACAAGAUGGGCCUGUCAAAGGUGGUAUUCUGAAGUGGGAGCAGCCCAUCAAGAUUGUACACAUGUGUAGUCGGAAGUAUCUCGCUGUAGAUAAAGCUUCAAAUGAACUCACUCUGUGUUCUUCCCAUACGGAUCCCCGUACAGUCUUCAAACUACAUGCUGUCUUCAAGACUGAGCAGAGUGUCAUGAAGGACAGUUAUUGUAGAAUCCAGCAUGUGUCUACUGGCUUCUGGCUGCAUGGCUUUAUGGAUAAGUACAUGAGUCGCCAGCAGUCUGAUUCUUCUGACAAUGGAUCCAUGACAGCACACAAGUGGAGUACAGCAGAGCUCAGAAAGGUUGGUGUGAUCGAGGAGAAGCAAUAUGAUGAUGCCUUUACCCUACAAAUAGUUGAACCAGAGCUUCUAGAAAUAUUCAACGGCAUGUCAGGCAUGGUCCCCUUCCUACAAAAGCUUGUCGAAGAUAAAAAGAAGGGCAUUGUCCUGACUGCGAAGAUGGCUCAUGAUACAGUGUCUGCUCUACAAGAAAUGCGAGCUUACAUGUUUGAGCUUGGUGAGACAACCAAACAGAGACAGAAACUGCUUCGUAAUUUACAGAUUGUUGAAGUAUUGGUUCAGCUCCUUCAGAUCCCAUUCCGAGGCUGUGAUGACCAGCAUCACCUGGUGAGGAUAUAUGUGGAGGCGUAUGAUGUCCUCUACACCUAUCUGAUGGGUGACAGCAGGAAGAACGAGCUCUACAUUGCCAAACAUAUUGACUUCUUCCUCACACAAUUUGAGAUUAAAGAGGGUAAGAUUGGUUUGAAUGCAGCCCAUAUGGUGAUGGAACUGAUCAAAGACAAUCGUAAGAUUGUAGACAGGAUUACACACAAACACAUCGACACCUUCAUCGACCUCCUACAGAGGGACAAGAACUACCGGUAUCUGGACUUGCUGAGUGUGUUGUGUGUCUGUGAGGACAUCAAUAUCUCUGACAACCAGAAGUACAUCACAGAAGUGUGGCUGAUGAAAGGAAAUCGGAACUGUGUUUUCUACACUGACCUCGGACAGAAGAUUGGCAAAGUGCCUGGUGUGGUGUAUGUCUCCACAAACAUGGGACGGACCUGGACAGAACUGAGCGAAUUUGUACAGAGAGUUGGUACAGACGAGUCCUACCUGUUCUUGGAACAUCAGCUGGAACUCUAUGGAAUGUUGUGUCAUGGUCAGAAUGAGUUCUCUAUCAAGGUGAUAACUCAGGAACUGAAUUACCUAACAUGGGAGGAAGCCUUCACCUGCCUCAGUGACGAGGUUCUGCCUGACCAGUUGCGGGCCAGAUACUGCAUGCUCAUCACAACAAUGUUUGUGGAUAUCAGUGAGAACCAGGCCGUCACAGACAAAGUCAAACUCUCCUACAUCUAUGCAGAAGUUGACCAGUUUGAGGACGUGGUAGACCGUACUGGGUCAACAACAUACCAGUUCUUCCCCACCCUCAAUGACUGGAUUUCCAAGUUCCUCGGCAAGAACAGUGACAUGACAGCAUCGGAGAUCGGCAACAACAUGCUGGUCAAGCAGGUUAUUAGACUGGUGCACUAUCUGGUGUCAUUUGGGUUCUACUACAAAAUUGACGACAUCAAAAAGCUUCUUGAACCCUUGAUGAGCUUGUUGGAUGGACGGAACGACAAACCUUAUCCAAACAUAUCAGGCAAAGACGGAGAGGAGAUUUUAAAACAUUUCCGAAAAGUUGGUCGCUAUGAGAGAAGCCAGGAAACUAAAGCUAUUGUUGAUGCCAAAUGUCAGGCAUUGGAGGUGCUGGACUUGUUCUUUGACUUCAUCCUGAACCAGAGGCUUGAGAAAUUUAUCAACACGUUCAAAGUGACCCACACAGAGAUGAAUGCACCUUCCGGGUUUUUCGGCCACAAAACAGAACUAGCUCCAAUGCUUUACUCGGAUUAUGAUCCCCUGAAGCAACAUGGACUGUGCAAGGUGGCUUUGAAGAGGUUGGCUGAUAUUUUCGAUACAACAUCUUUCCUGAAAGGCUACAACCUGGUGGAUGUCCUAAAGGACUUGACUCAUUACAAGUAUGAUGAAAUCAUCAGACAGUCUCUGAACCUGCUGGACAGGUACUACUCGGCCUACAAUGACCUCUUCUCAAGGGCAGUUCAGGCACAGGUGUGUAUCACAGACAGAUCUGUGGAGGUAUACCACCUCCUAGAAAAAGUGCUUCCAAAAAUGAGGCUGUACGCUAGUGCCCGCUUGAGUGACGAGCAGACAAUCGAGUUAUGUACCAUCCUUGACUCGCUCAUUGCGACGUGUCAUUUGGAUGGCGAAGAGGACGAACCUCAUCCUGUGAACCAGACCAUCCUCUACAACCAUGGCAUCAUUGAACUGUGUUUCACCAUUCUUACUCAGAAAAUUGACACCAAGCUGUUGGACCAGUAUUCUGGGCAGAGGCGGAUUUUUGGGAGGACAUUUAUACUGCUGAAACUCAUGGCACGCUUGAACAAGCUCGUACAAAAUCGAUUGUUUGACCGUCUGGACCUUUUGCUGAAAGUUCAGGGUGUAGAAGUCGAGCUGGCUGAAUGCAUCGCUGAGCUCUUUGUGGGGAACACUAAAACCUGUAUGAAGAUCACAGGAAAGCAAGUACAAAAUGUCAUGUCCAUGGUGGCUCGUUGUAAAGAGACUGUGCCACAGUUCCUUGACCUUCUCAAUGCUGUUGUCAAGGUGGAGGAGUUGGACCUGCCCAUCAAACGUAAUCAGGGCUUUGUCAUGCAGUACUUCAUGCAGUUCCGCGCUGAUGUAGCCUACGUCAUAGACCAGGACGAGUCUGCAAGGGAGAAAAUCCUGAUGGACAAUAGUCAUAAGGACUUGCAAUACCUGGUAGCCAUGAUGGACAUGCUGGCUACUUGUGCUGAGGGUGAGAACCAAUUCAUUGAGUCCAUCUGCCAGACCAUCUUCAAGAUUCCUGAGCUGAUGAGAAUUGUUAAUAACCCCAAAGUGAGCGACAACCUCAAGAGACCUUUCCUGAGGUUCAUCCUCUGGGUAUAUCUCAACUCUGCUGGUGGUAUGAUAGAGAGUGGGGCCGGAGAUCUACCACAUGACAAAUCCAUGUGGAAUUACAUAGAGACCCUGAAUAAAACUCUGAAGUCUGUCACAGACUACAGCCGAGAGAAUCCACGGAGUGCCAAGCUACUGGUCAAGAAGCCACCUCCCCGAGUUGUCAAACAGAUGACCAGACAGAUUAUCAUUCAGGGAAGCAUGCACUACUUGUUUGAUGCUGUCAUGCCUUUCUUGCAGAUUUUCUGUAAGACCUACUACCAGCCUGACAUGACAAUGUAUCCUACUGAACCACAAAACAUGGAUGUCCUGGCACGAAACUUCAAGGACUUCAUGAGUGUCAUUGGUCCACUGAUGAGUGAUGAGGGACAGAUGAAGAAACUAAAUGCCUGUAUGACCACUCUGAUGUCAGCCUCCACACUACCCAUCACAGAAAUUCAAGAAUUCCAAGAGCAGAUUGGUACUGGGAAUGUCCAUCUUGAUGUACGCAGUGACAGCAAAAAGGCAUAUGAUAGUUAUUACGAGGCAGAGGACGAAAUCAACAACCAGCUGAAUGACUUCUCCAUGAACAUGAAAAAAUCUUAUGGGGGAAAUAACACUGUACAGGCACAGAUUGGAUUCCCAUCUGAUAUCCCCUACUCUGAGGUUGGAGGAGAUGAAGAGCUACCUCUUGGACGUGAGUUCCAGGAACAUCUGGAAUGUUUUAUAAAUCGAACAGCCAAAACACCAAGAGAGAAAUACUCCUUAGCAAGUAAACUCGUCAAAAUGAUGUCCAUCUCAUCAAGUUUAACCAACCUGAGCGAGAAGGAGAAGUUGGAUCAGGUGAACCUGGACAUCAAGACUUUACAGCUUCUCCGUGGACUCAUCCACAAUGAAAUUUGUAAACUUCCUGAGGGCUGGGAACAGAACUCCUCCGAUCACAGAAAACAGCUCCGUGUGAUUGACCAGGUCCAAGAUGCCCUAGACAACUGUGGAGCGGUCAGCAGUGUACUUGACCACUUGUCACGUCCUCAGGAUGAAGUUGUUAGGGAGGUGCUUGUCUUUAUGGCCAACCUUCUCUAUAAUGGCAAUGAGUCUGUCCAGGUCAGCCUUAUAGACUUCUUCACAGGAACAAGAGAGGAGACCUUCUUCUUCUCCAUCAAAGGAAGGAUGACUAUGUCUGCUAUAGCUACUAGGGAGAAACGCCAUCUGUUUGCAAUGCACCAAGCACGAAUGGAAGAUGCAAUUCAACAGGCCAAAGCUCUCAAGAUUGCCAUGAAGACUGGACAAUUGGCCACCAAUGAGAUCACUAAAGCCAACAACUUUGGAUCCUUCAUGUCUUCAAACAUGCAGAAAUCUUCCCUCAAUCUGGGCUCCUCUUUGGCGAUGAACCAAAAACUUGGUUCCACCUUGUCCGUUAGAGACAAUACUUCACCGAAGCCUGGGACAUCUUUGGUGGUCGCUAACGGUAUCCAUGGUGAUCCACCACCACCUGCACAGAGUCCAAGAGGUGGCGGUUCUCUGUCCUCAAGUGUUUCUGUGAAACCUCCUAUGCCCAAUGGUGUUGGUGUGACUUCCAAAGUAUCACCCAUGGUUAAACCUGUGAAAGAAGAGGAGGAAGAGGAAUUGGAUGAGGAAGAAAUCAAAGAGUUGCUUGGAGAAGACUUUGGCCAGGCUGGUGACCUAGAGUUUGAGGAUGAUGGUUACAUUGAACUUGUGUUGAGGAUUUUAGGACUAAUGUGUGACAACCAGUAUCGUCUGCUGCAGGAUUACUUACGGGAACAACCAGACAAUAUAAAAUCUGCCAACUUAGUGGCAGAGACAACAAGAUUCCUGGACAUUUUAUAUGGGAGUGUCAACAGCAAAUCUAUGCCACUCAUUUGCCAACUGUUUGAUACCCUUGUGGAGUUCUGUUCGGGUAACUUUGCCAACCAAGCUUGUGUGUUUGACAACAAGAUCUGUGACUACAUGAAUCACAUCUUACGAACAGGUGUCUUCAAGGGAUGCAGUCAUAUGGAGGUGUACUCAUUGAAGAUGUCUAUCGCCACUGUGAUCCGAGCUAUGAGUGAAGAAAAUGCUCCCCAGGACUUUAUACAGACUGAAAAUCCACUGGCUACCUUAGCAAAGGAAGUGAUGGAGUCUGUUGAUGAACACAUACUGAUGAAAACAGUCACAGGUGCAUACGCUCAUAUGCUGGAUUUGACUAGGGCAUCCAGAAAAGAGAAAAAUGACGAUGACUAUGGCGACCUCUGUGACAUUGUACAAGAUUGUGGCUUUGCCUAUUUCCAACUACUGCUUCGAAAACUGGCCAUAGAAAAGGGCAUGACCAAAGAAGUUUUUGUAAGAACAAAGUUGGACAAGGAAGCUUGGGACUUUUUUGACAUAGGAACCAUGUCUAUAGAGGUGUUGAAGGGAGAGGACCUUCAGACUAUCUACUUCAGGGUCCGGGAUAAGAGUGUGCUGCGUGAGGACAUUAAGGAAAAGUUCAAGUACGAGGUGGACCGAUCGACCCCUAGCAACAAGAUACGAGGCUUCAUGGACUGGUCCAGUGACAUCAUGCAGGAUAUUAAAUACCAGCGGAAGGUCUUGGCCAAUCCUGUCGGGAGAAUCCUCAUCAAGAUGUGGAUCCCAAUGAACUAUGCAGCACUGUUGCUGAGCAUUUUGAUCUGCUCAGUCAUCAUGAUCACAUGGCGCGAUCCCAAGGACGAAAAUGGAGAUUCUGACGUUCACAGCAAGGUGCCGAUCUUCAGCAUUGAUGAGAAUCUUUACUACUACUUCCUGUACAUAGCAGGUGGAAUGCACAACUUCCUCAGUGUGUGUAUAUACAUUACCUUCCUCCUCUCAAACAACCCCAGCUUCCCGCCCUGGCAGGCCUUCCUUAGGCUUAUAGGGAAGAGCAAUGAGAAGGAGGAAGAGUUCAAAACAUGGAACGAGAGAAAAAAUCCAUACGACACCAACAACCUGGAACUGAACAUAUACAGCAUAAAGGCUAUGUACUAUGUGGUAUUUGUGGCCUGUUCUAUUAUGGGAACAAUCUACUAUGGUUACUUCUUCUCCUUCCACCUCCUUCACAUUGCUGAGCUGAAUCAGCUGCUGAAGCGAGUUAUCCAGGCUGUCACUACAAAUGGAAUGUCACUGCUGUUGGUCGCCUUGCUUGGUCUGGCGAUCAUGUUUAUCUACUCGUUGGUUGGCUUUGCCUUCCUGCGAGAGAGAUUCUUCAAGGAGAGUGAAGGUCGUCAUUGUCGUACAGUGGCCCAGUGUUUUGUUACCAUCACUCAUCACGGCUUCGUGGAUGUGCCAUACACAACAUUUGAGAGUGCUAUGGACAGCGAUAUCAACGAUGUGUUAAUGUUAUCCGCUAUAGACGUGACCUUCUUCAUACUCAUCACCACCAUCGGCCUGAACAUCAUCUUUGGUGUCAUCGUCGAUACUUUCUCUCAGCUCAGAGACUCCAAGUGGGAGAUCGACAAAGACAUGCAAAACAAUUGUUUCAUCUGUAGCAGAGAAAGUUAUGACUUUGAGCGUCAAGGAAAGGGUUUUGAGAAGCAUGUGAAAUCAGAACAUAACCAGUGGGCCUACCUAUUCUUUUUCAUUCACCUGGACGAGACUAGACCUAAUGACUACUCAGCUCUGGAACUUCAUGUCUAUAACAUGCUGGACCUGAAUCGCUUUGAGUUCUUCCCCUUGAACAGAGCUCUUUGUCUGCAAAGUGACAAGUACGACACAGAUGAGAUGAUAGAACAGCUUCAGAUCUCCAUCAAGGCAUUGGAUAUGAAACUCAGUAGUGAAAUGGCAUUGGUUGAGUUUAUGGCCUCCAAGAUAAGAGAAGAUGAUGCACAAAAGCUGCAAGAGAGGGAAAAGAAAAAACAGAAGGAAUGGGAAGCUAGUCAAAAAACUCCUCGUGAAUAACAUUAUACAAAUAGGCACUAAAAUGUAAAACAAAAAAAGUGUCAUUUCAGGAGUUGAUUGUUGUGGUGAAAAAGAAAUAAAAGUUUCAAGGAAUUAGAAUCAUUUCCUGUGAACAUUUAAAGAAAAGUAAACAGAAAUGGAAAUAUGAGAAAGUGUGUACUAGGCACUUAAAAAAAUGAAUGGCAGAGUUUUUUAUGUUAAAAGCUAUUGUGUAUAAAUAGAAAUGGUACAUUCAAUAUCCUAAUGACCACUCUUGAUGUCACUCCGAAGGAGUCCCCAGAUAUUCUCCUCCUCCCACUGACAAGUUUUUCGUAAGACAUUUAGGAUUUUCAAAAUGUUCGCUAGAAGUGCUCUGUACAUUUCCAUGUGUCAUCAGACCAUACAAUGAUAUGCAGUGGGAUUGAUGUGUUAUACAAAUCCAAGAAAGUAAAGAACAAUUACAAAAAACAGUUGAUUUUUUUUACUGUAUGGCUGUUUUCUAGAAUUGUAAAUGAUAAAGUAACAACCUUUAAAAGAAAAGAAAUCUGAGAAAUUUGAUAAAAAUAAAUUUGAGGCAUUAUUCUAAGACUGAUAAUUCUGAUAUACCAUGUAGUUAUUUUUGUAUGUUUAUAAAAAGCACUUCUUUUAUGAUUGUCAUGUAAACUUUAUAUACUUUUUAAAAUUUGGUGUAAGGUUGCUUCAGAAAGAGUUGAGUUAGACUGAUUUAAAAUCCACAUCAAAUGAACAUUCAAUCUAUAGUUCAAGUCUGUAUUUGAUUUCUGUAUUGUAACCACAUUCCAUCUAUUUGAUUCCAUUUUUUACUUGGAGUCGGCUAGGUUUUAGUAGGCAUGGCAAAGACCAUAAUAGAAAUGUUUGAUAAGAUGCUUUUUGUUAAGCAAUAAAUGUAGAUGUGAACAAAGAUAUGUCGAACCUCCUCUCACUGAUCCAGCUUUAAUACUGAAAUUUUCAUGAUUUCAACACAUAGAUUUAUUUUGAUAAAAUAGUCAGCUUCAAGGAUAAAUAGGUGUGCUGUCUUUCAGUUUUAACUUGUCUUUGUGUUUUUUAAGUUAGAUCCUAUCACUCUUAAGUGUCAUCUCAUAAUAAGUACAUUUUAGACAAUCAAUGCUUGUGUACAACGAACUGUGUCACACUAAGGUAGCAUACACCCUUAAGUCUUGAUGUAUAAUAAGGUAGUACGUGUACAUGCAUAGUACCCAUUAUCUUUCCAUCUAACUGUCAGCACAUAUCCCCAAAUCUUCAUAUCAUGAUUAAAUUUAUAUUCAUUGUUGAGAAAAAAAUCUGUGAAUCUAUACAAUUUUUUUAACUCAGGGUAGACUACUUAAUUCAUUUUUCAAUGUUGAUCUAAGCUUCAUAAUGUAAAUUAAUUGUUAAGUUUUUUUCUUGAAUUACAUUUGUGUUUUUCUGUUAGUUUCAUUGUUUCAUAGACAUAUUAAAAUUUUAUUAAGUCUUUACCAUUUUACAUGUGUGUACGUUGUUAAGAGCAGAUUCACUUUUUAUUAUUGAUGACAUCAGAAAAUGUUCUACUCGGAUAUAGAAGCCACUGAUUUAUAAUCAAAAGGUGAUAGCUAUUGGUAUGUUACAAACAUUUAUUUCAUUGUUUUAUAUUGUAUCAUUAACAUCCUGAAAUGAAAUGAUUUUAAUAUCUGUUUUUGAUUAUAUUUGUAUGCUGACAACCUAAAGAUAUAUCUUUGGGAGAGUAUCUAUAAAGUGUUAAAUGUAUUGUUAUUAAAGAUAUUAUAUUGGUUUGAAAUGUAGCUGAUGAUAGAUAUAUUUUACUUAUGGAAAUAUACCAAUAAAGGAUACAAAAUCUGUGGAAGAAACCCUGCAGAAAAUGAACAGUGUUACUAGAGAAUGGUGUAAAUGUGGUGUUAAUAUACCCUUGACUCCCCUGUAUGUUGGUGGAGUCAGUAUAUCUCUUAUUAUAUCUAAGGUAGGAUUUUACAGAACCAACGUGAUACAAGACCAGGGAUGCAAGACCAGGGACGUAUAAAGAUAUAUUUCUCUGGCAAGACUGAUGGCAUUAUAAACAAGAGCAUGCUAGUCAACGUGAGAUAAAAUACAGACAUCUGAGAAAGGCUAUAGAGCUUGGGGAGAAAGGUAACAACAGUGAGUUCAGUAAAUCAGACUGGUUACCCUAACAACAGUGGGUUCAGUAAAUCAGACUGGUUACCCUAACAACAGUGGGUUCAGUAAAUCAGACUGGUUACCCUAACAACAGUGGGUUCAGUAAAUCAGACUGGUUACCCUAACAACAGUGGGUUCAGUGAAUCAGACUGGUUACCCUAACAACAGUGGGUUCAGUGAAUCAGACUGGUUACCCUAACAACAGUGGGUUCAGUGAAUCAGACUGGUUACCAUAGUAGGCUUGUUAUUGGUCAGACACAGCAGUCUAAAAUGUUAGAAAUCUUCCUCUGAUGAACUACAGAUACUAGCAAUGUUAGGAGGUAAUGUUUCACGGGAACAGUUCAAGGGAUAAGUACAGAGUACAUGGUGAGGGACAUAAACACCAAACAUGAUAUAAUGGUUUAUUCAUUAUUUAAUACUGUUGAUUCUGCAGCUGUUAUUUAAGGCGUGAAUUUGUGUUGAAAUCAUCACCAGCAGUGAUUUCAUCUUGACAUUAAUUAUGAGUUGUUGUGAUAUAUUUUGAUUGCUCUUCUAAUGUUUAUUUAGAUAUGUAAGACUUUUAAUAAAUGUUUUAGAAAAUC